UUUCGUUUGGCUGUUAAUUUUUUUUUUUCCGUUGCGGAUGGUUUGUGUAUUCUCCUGAUGGGCGAAACGGGGGAAUGAAACGGUUGAUUUUUUCGCCUUUUGUUUUUUUGGAUUGGAUUCUGCCUGCCUUAAACGAUUUAUAACCAAUUUUUUUAUGUCGUAGUUUUGUUCAGUUCACGGCCCUGUUUUCCUUUCGUUCAGGGAAUGCAGGUUAGUAUUAAUGUACACGUUCGUUGAACUGCAAGACAACUCGUCCGCACUGUGAAGCAUUUUGUGCAGUAAUUGCGUUCCUUUGAGCAGUACUUGGGAAAAAUAAAGGCCCGACAUACGACAUAUGUCAUAAUCCAUUUUGAGACUUUAACUAAUAUCGGUUUGCGUUUCUAGUUUGUAUUGUAUCUUCUUCCAGAUGAGCGAACACUCGCAAUUCCAUAGAGAACGGUUGGCGAGUGUCUAUUCGUGACACACACACACACACACACAGAGAGAGAGAGAGAGAGAGAGAGAGAGAGAGAGAGAGAGAGAGAGAGAGAGAGAGAGAGAGAGUUUGUGUGUGUGUUGAAGGGGGGGGGGAAAGGGGUGUGCCUGGGGGGAUCAUGCUCUAUGCGUUGUCUGUUUGAAGUGGAGCGGGAAAUAGGGGCGGGGGGGAUUGUACAUAACGACAAAAACGAGGAGGGGGGGAAAUACACAACGAGGGAGAAGCAGAAAACAGGGUUCUGUCUGUCUGUGUGCGAUAAGUAAGAAGUCAAGGGUGGAGGAGGGAGGGUAGUAGGUGUGCAGUUAACUCGCGAGAGCUUCGGCGCUACUAGGGAAAGGUGGGAGCUGUGUGCAUACAAGGAGAAGGGGGCAGGAGGAGCAGGAGGAGCAGGAGGAGCAAGAGGAGCAAGAGGAGCAAGAGGAGCAAGAGGAGGAAGUGGAGGAAGUGGUCAACGGGCUAAGGAGGAGGAGGAGGAGGUCCAUUGUUGGAGACAAUUGCGCAGAGGACAACACAACGCUCUUGUUGCGAUUUCUGUGCGAUUGGCCCGCCCCGACGGCAAGCUCAAGGACGUCAACAAAAAAUAUGGCCAUCGCCAUUGAUUAUCGCAAUGCGUAUAGUUCGUUGAAGGGCCUCAAUAAUCACUCGAUGAGUCUCGAUAGUAUUAGCAUGGUUGGUGGUAGUGGUAGUGGUGGUGGUCCCACGGCGGCAAGGAAACGCUUCUUGUCAGUGAAGUCGAUCAUAACGCAUGGCAACAUCUUCUGGACGAGGAAACCGGAGGGCGAUGACGUCAUCAGGAGUCAUGCAUCUCUCUCCACCUCUCCCUCCAUGCCUGAACUUCAUCAUCCUGCUGCCUCUCCGUCUUCCAAUGGCGGAUCUUCCCCGCCUUAUUCUCCCGCAUCGUCUACGCCAUGCAUCAGGCACUCGGUUGACUCCGAGAUGAUGAAAGGGGAGGACCUUUACAUUGCCGCGCCGGAGUACAAAUUGAACGAACACCAUUCCUUCUCUCUCUUUGCGGUCUUCGAUGGACAUAAUGGCAUCGGGGCAGCCUUUCACGCACGGAACAAUCUUAUGGAGUAUGUGAAGGAGAGAGUCAAGGGGAUCGAGGACAGGGAGGAGUUGAUGAAAGCGCUGCCAGAGGCAUUAGCGCACGCGUUUGUGCGAACGAACGCGUCGCUUACUGAUGGCGAGAGGUCGGGUACAACGGCGACGGUGGUGCUGAUCAACGACUGGACUGUCACGGUAGCAGGGGUGGGAGAUUCGAGGGCGAUUCUGGACACGGCACCGGGGGGUGUGGUGGCGCUGACCAAAGAUCACAGGUUUGAAACCUCCGAGGAGGAAUGCAGGCGCGUGCAAAUGGAAGGGGGCACAUUGGGACGCCUGCGGACGUCGGACGGGAUCCAGGUGGGACCGAAGCGCUUCUGGCCUGGCGGUCUCUGCGUGUCCCGAUCUGUUGGAGAUCUCGACGUCGGCCCUUCCAUCAUCCCCCUGCCACAUGUCGUGCAGGUGGAGGUUCCGCCCUGCGGCGGACGACUGGUCAUGGGAUCGGAUGGGCUCUGGGAUGCCAUGAGCUCGGAGAAAGUUGCGCGCCGCGUUCGCCACAAGGAUAACGCCGACUGCGCGCGCAAACUCGUUAAGUCCGUGCUCAAAUCCAAAGGACUGCACGAUGACAUCACCGUGCUUGUCGUCGACAUCGUCCCCUCCCACUCGCCGGACGUGCUCGCGAGCCCUCACCUUAAGAAGUCUGCGUCGGGAUCCGGACUCUUCGCGCGAUUGCGGCGGAGCUUGUCCUCCAGCAGGUCGCUCGACGGCGACGCGCAUGGUGCGCUGAAUUCCCCCUGCUCCCCCGGCGUCGGAUCGCCGAAUUUCAUCGAAGAUCACGAUUCCUCCCUGCACGGCGGCUCCGCGUACCGAUCGUAUCUGCGGCAUAUCAGCCGGAGAGCGGGUAAGGAGGAGGAGGAGGGGGAGGGGGAGGGGGAGCGUGCGGAGGGGAAGAAGGAAGAAGAAACGGCCCCGAGGAGUGGUAGGAGAAGGGAGGAGGAAGAAGACAGGGUGAAGGCGAUGGCUGUCAAGGAUGAUCGAGAGAACGGGGACGUCGGUACACUACCUGAUGGAUGCUGCGCUGGCGCACCAUCUCGCGCCGUGAAGGAAGAGAGCGGCGUAGCGGCGGAGAUGGCGGCGGAGAUGCAAUUGCGACCAGAUGCAGGAGGAGCAGACGAUGACGUGUCGAGCCCUGAGCCGAGCGGGGUGUUCCAACAGGAUGAGGAGGCGGACUUGUCGGCAAGGGGCGACGGGGAAGCGCAGUCUUCGAGACGGCGCGAGGUGAUCGCGGAGAGUGAGCGGAGGAGGUUAUGGGGGGGAGAGCGCGAGGGGGAGGAGGAGGACGAGGAGGAGGAGGAUGUCGACGUGUCAGUGGGCGGAAAGCCUUGCAGCGAUGCAAAGUUGUCCCCUGAUGAUGGUGCUUGGUGUUGGCAGUGUGGCGCCCCCGUCUCGCCGCAUCCCGGCACAACUGAUGACGUCUCCAUCCGGGCUGGCCACGGUUACUGUACCUCUCAUCGACCCUCCUCCCCCUCCUCCCCCUCCUGUCCGCAAUCAGUGGCAACCUCCGACCCAUCACUCGAACUUCCGCCAGCUGUCAGCAGCAGCUGCUUAGAUCGCCGUGCCCAUGGGGACACGUUGGCAUUCCUUCUGACGAAAAACAGCCACGUCAGCUUCUCAUAUGAACGGGCUGAUGACAGCAUCUCGGAGAAGCAGAGGGUGUGAUGGAGUACUUCCAGUCGGCGCGUCUCCGUCUUGAGGGGUUGGAUCUCCGUCUCGAGGGGGUGGAAAACCUGCCGCUGAUGGGCAUGAUUGAUUUUUCCUCGACUCCAACAAAAUUAAUCGGCUUUUUUUUUUUUUCCGACUUGCUCGCCCUUCAAGGGAAGGGAGGGAGGGGGUUCUUCUGAAUACCACCAUAGGGUCACAUCGUGCGUUCAGAAGAAGCCGUUGAGUACGCUGAGUCGCCGUUGAGUACGCUGAGUCGUAUAACACUCUGCCUCUACACUGAGUCGUAUAUUUGAAAUAGAGGGGGGGGUACAUGAUGGGGGUUUGAUGGGGGGGUUUGUUUGGGUCGGCGAGGUUUUGUCUGGGUCUGCAAUUGCUACGAUUAUAAGAGAUUCAUUGAACCUGGCAAGGUGGGUUCCAAGAAGAAGGGAUGCGGAUCAAUUAAUAAUAAUAAUGUGACAUGACGGAAGUGAAAAAGAAGCAAGGUUUAUAAGGAUGAGAGGAGGAGGAGGAGGAGGAGGAGGCGUUGGUGAAGAUUGUUAAUACAGUAAUAUGCUAUUUUGGGAUAAUGGGCGAAUAAGGACACGCCUGAGAGGUGGGGAAGGGAGGGGAAUCCGACGAUAGAGAAGAAAAGAAACCUGAAAAAUAAGGGGGGGGGGGGGGACUGCCGAGGAGGUGGCUGGCUGGCAGCAGAGAAUCUGGCUCUUCAGAGAAGGAGGAUGUUUAUUGUCGCGUAGCAGUUGGAGCGCCGUUUGACAAUGGAACACUCCAGCUCUCAGAGAAGAGGUUUUAUGGUCGGUCAAUUUGUCUCCGUUUCGUUGACUUCCGUUUGGGACCCAGUCCGCUUCGUUCCGUUUCGCCGCGUCGGGUUUAAUAACUGCGGGAAAACAUUGGUGACCCACCUAUUCCUUUCCCUCCCUUCCCUUCCCCCCCCCACCCCGCCUCCCUUCCUCCCUCCCCCCCGCCCUCUUCCUUCCAAACCUUUUGUCCGACUUGGAGGGUAUUUAACCCCAAUUCCGAAUUUCAGGGGCAACCUUGGGUGCUGACUGAACACGGGGAUUUCUGAUCGCGUUUGGAACUAAGUCCACCUUAAGUGAACACGGUCUAACUACUACGCACUAGACCACCUCCUCACCUCCUACCCUUCACCUCCUCACCUCCUCACCUCCUCACCUCCUCACCUCCUCACCUGCUUACUGCCUCCUGCCUGCUGUUGUAUAUAAUUCAGUUAGCUUGACAAUGCCUCGUCUCUGGCGAAUGGCCUGUAAGUAAGGGGCUCGCUCCACUUCUCCCGGGAAUGUGAAAAAUGCGACUGAAUCCUCCGCUAGAACAUG